ACUAUAAAUAUAGGAAAUGAGAAGACGUUGUUCUGAUCAAAAAGAAUAAGAAAACAUUAAAGGAUUUUUUAUGGUUAACGUAUGGUGUAGCUAGCUAAAUUAUGCAGUCAAAAAAGGGUAAAAUAGUAGAAAGAUGGAGACAUUUUUGGUUAAACAUUAUUCUGACAUUUUAAAAUGGUUCUCCAACGAUAUCCCAAAAGGUUAUAUUUUAAAAUAAAAAUACAUGCAUCAGACAUUAUAUACUAUAUGAAUAAAUUAAUAUAAAAAUGGUACCUAUUGAUUUUCUAGCAUAAAUAAUUCACACACAGGCCAUCAAGCAUACAUGCAAAAAAUACCCCCUCCGUGUGCUAAGCCCUAGACUGAGCGCAUGUUGUAAACUGCAUCCAUUCUCUCCACCGCUCAGAGGAGCGCAUCUCACCGUGCUGCAGCCCUCCGUCGCUAUUACGACAGAGGGGUAGCCCGACUCUCCUUCUCUCCAUUCUGAGGUAUAUGUCAUGCCACCGGAUUUUCUCUAUUUAUCAGCUGUUUGCAUCCAUGUGACAAGCGCACCGGGGGUAUUUUAAGGGUAGGAGAUCCCUCUUGGUGGCGACAUUGCAGAUGGAGAGAGGCCUCCAUCAGCCCUAUUAACUUUGGUCAGUCACAUCAAGAUUGAGCCAUUCAGUGCCAUGGACAUUUAGGAGCAGUAAUGGCAACUUACAGUACCUCUCCCUUUGACUGGAUAGACUUGUAGCAUGCGUUCCCUACGUAAGACUGUGCUGUUAGCUCUGGUAGCAUCAGUGGUGCUGGUUGUGGCGGUCCUACAUUCCUGGCCCACUCGGGUCUACAGCACGGUGGAUGUUCGGUACAGACCUGGCCCUGGAGCUGAACGGCUUCUGGAGGAAAGACUACCUGAUCCAGACCCCAGCGCUAGCACCAUCCCGUACCAUGUGAGAGAGAGUGUGGCAAGGCUGCUGGCUCGCAAUGGGUGUGUAUGUGAAGGAGAGGGCAAAGGGGUCAACUUUCCGUUUGCACAACUGCUGUUCCCAAGAGUGUCUGCCCAUCCCCUGCACACUGCCUUCCAGCCCUCCCAGCUCCUUGAGAUGAAGAGAAGGCGCGCCAAAGAGUACCAGAGCUUCCAAAUGAGGUCGCAGACUCCAGCUGAUCUGCUGAUUGUAGCUGAAGCUAACAGCCCUCUGCAGUACCCAACACAGGGUGUGGAGGUUCGGCCACUUAAAACUAUCCUUAUACCAGGUUUGGCCUUAAAAGAUCUGCCCAGAGAUAUCUAUAGCCUGAACUUUUCAGCAUCUCUAGGCACAUUUAAUGUGGCAGCAGAGGUGGAGGGGGUAAAGAUCAGGGGUGAAGGCGAGAUGCACAUGACCCUGAGCAGCAGCCUUUUACCCAGUCUGAACCGGCAGCUUCAGUUCAUCACAUACACAAACACUCUGUUCCACCCCAGCACCGCUGACACAGUGCAGUUAGAAACAGACAGACAUCAAGUCCUUUUCACCAUAAAGAUACGGCACGGAGUGACACCCAAGCUCUACAAUACAGGCUCUGAUGCAGAUAAAGAGUACAACAUUAGCGCUCUUGUGACCAUAGCAACUAAAACUUUCUUGCGCUAUGACAAGCUCCAGGAUUUAAUUGACAGCAUUCGACAGUACUACCCAACGGUCACAAUAGUGAUAGCGGAUGACAGCGAACACCCAAAAACUGUGGCGGGCCCAUAUAUUGAACAUUACAUCAUGCCCUUUGGAAAGGGUUGGUUUGCUGGUCGAAACCUGGCCGUGUCACAGGUCACCACCAAGUAUGUACUGUGGGUGGAUGAUGACUUUAUCUUCACUGCCAAUACAAAGCUGGAGAAGCUGGUGGACGUGCUGGAAAAAACCACACUUGAUCUGGUCGGAGGUGCAGUACGUGAAGCUACAGGCUACACUGCCACCUACAGGCAGACGAUAUCAAUUGAAGCUGGAGAGGAAGACGGGGACUGUCUGCACAUGAGACGUGGCUUUCAUCACAUCAUCCAGGGCUUUCCUCAUUGCGUGGUCACUGAUGGAGUCAUCAAUUUCUUUCUUGCCAGGACAGACAAGGUGCAGCAGGUUGGCUUUGACCCCCGGCUUGCACGUGUUGCACAUCUAGAGUUUUUCAUAGACGGCCUGGGCUCACUGCAUGUUGGGUCAUGCGAUGAUGUCAUUGUGAACCACGCCACCAAGAUCAAACUCCCAUGGGGCCAGUCGGAAAGCGACAAAACGUACGCAAAGUUCCGUUACCCGCCUGCUUCAUCCGACGCGACGCACACCAAAAAUGGCCUCUUAUAUUUCAAGAACCGCUUCCAGUGUUUAACACACAACUGAAGAUACCUUUUUCUUUCCUCCCACUCCUUCAAACAAACUCUCUCUAUGUGAGUAGCUAAAGAGGCCUGUGAAGAUAUCAGAGGUGUUGUGUGUCCUGUACGUACUGUAUACGGUCCCAUGCAAGUAUGGGAGAUUUCACAUAGACCUCUUCUUUUGGAAGGAAUCCUCACGUGAUCAAACAUGACUGACUUGAUAAGAUGCGCACACAGUGAUUGGCUGAUGAAUAUUUUUUUGAUAACUGAAGAAGUGAUGUCGUAUUUCAGAUUCGUCUUUCUUUAGCUUUAUUUUUGUUCAGAAGAAUCCUUUAAAUAUGAAUCCAACCAUUCCAUAAAUUAUUCAUAUCAGUUUUCUCUUCAGCCAAUCAUCACGCUUAACUGAUGGAUAUACGGAUAACAUUCUUUUGAUACGGAAAAACAUAGACUAUGGACGUACAGUAGAUUUUUUAAACCCGGUUAAAAAUUCCGUCCCAUUGGACAUUGGGAUAGAAAAUCACUUCAGCCCUGCCUGGCAUUACAGGUGUGCGUACCUGUGUGUGUGCGUGUGUGUCUGUGUGUGUGUUUUAUUGAGGGUCAUCUCUCUGUACGUUUGCACUAAUACAAAUGGACUUCAUAUUGGAGAGACCAGACCCUUAGCAUUACUACAAGAAGGAAUAGAAUAAAUAUCAUUAGCAAGCCUAAACCACAAGACAGUCCAACACAUCUCUCACCGUCCCUCUCUCACAUACUCACUCCAAAAAGAUUUCUCAGCAAAAGAUGGAAGAUUUAUUUAUUGUAUUGUUUAUUUAAAGUGUGACUGUGCCAAAGGCUUAAUCAAUGUCCUGGUAUGACUUAUUUAAUGUUCAAAUGUUUUUGUUUCCUCAUUGGGUCCCUUUUAAACUGCAACCCCUACCAUCCCACAGUACUAGCAUGCAGCCAGAUUUAAUGGAGUUGUCUUCUCGGGGGUUAAACAAUGAUAAGUCCAAAUGCACAUCUAAUACACCUAAACUAUGUUUGCAAAGCCACUUAAUAAUUAUAACUACACUCAAGUAAAAAAGCUGUCACUGUUAUAAAGCCCUUAAAUGUACUAUUUUGGUAUACAGUAUGUAACUUUGAGGUGCUAAUAUGCACUCUUUAAGUACAAAGUUGUACUUUUUGAGGGUACUGCCCCACAGUUUUGGAAAAGAAAGCUUUUUUAUGCAGAAUGGCCGAGACAACAAACUAAUCUUAAUAAAACCAAAAUUAAUCAUUAAUUAAGCAUUAAUACACUCUUCAGGAUAAAAAGCAUGCUGUGCAAAUAGAUACGAUAGGAAGCUACUUUACAAAAUAAAACAAACUGUAAUUCAUUUUUUAAUAUGUACAGUAGCAGUCAAAAGUUUGUUACACAACUUGAUAUUAAUUGUUAUUGUUGUGUACAUUAAUAACAGUAAAGCCCCCAAAAAGUACAGGAAUUGUUCAAUAAUGACCAGUCAACUUGGAUUCUCAUGUACUGUAUGCUUAACCAGCACAUACAUAAAAAACUACAUUUAUUAUAGAAAUGUAUGCAUUUGUUUACAAACAUAAAUUUUGCCCUUAGGUCUAUAAGAUUAUGUGAAUUUAGCCAAGUGUGUCAAAAUGUCUGACUGGUACUGUAUACAAAGAAGAAAUUAGUAAAAAAGUUUUUUUUUUAAAUGCCUAUGGGUUAAAAGUAGUUGCCCUCCAAAGGGUAAAAGCAUGUAAUAAGCAAGUGCAAUCACUCUCCGUUACAAGGUACUGUAUCCCUAUUUGAAGUUGUAUCAUGCAAUUCUUUUGCUUGUUGCUUAUGUUGUGUGUGUGUCCUGGUAUAUGUGUUUUACCAACAUGAUCUCACAAAGUUCCUUGGGAUAGUCACAGAAUUUUUUGCUCAUUUUUCCGUGGCAUUCUCAUGGAUCUCUGAUUUUUACGUGGCCCUGCCAUUUUUCCGUGGCAUUCUCACGGAUUGGUUACUCAACUGCUUUUUCCUAUUUUCAAACCAUUUUCGCUUCGGUUUAG